UUCGAAACAACUCUAAAUUCCAAUCCUUGAAGAAGGCCAAAGCAGCAAAAUUUAAAUAUAAAAUAAAAGAAAUUUGUGGAAUUUUGUGUGAUUAAGAACAAUAAAAUCCCACUUAAAAUCCCACUUAAAAUCCUCUUUAUCCCAAUCUGAAGUUCUUAACGAUAAUAAUAACACUGCCCCGCCCAUUACUGCCGCUCUCCCUCAACCACUUCAAAAAGUCCUUCAUUCGCUCACGCUAACGCCAACCCUUACUAAGCAAACAUGGCCAUGCCAGAUAGCCAAGAAUCCAUCUUACCCAAAGAAGAAACUGUGAUUGAACAAACACUAUUUGUUAAACUUGGUCGUUGGCAAUGGUGGUUUCUGGUGGUACUCAACGUCUUCUUCCUAAUUGUGGGGCAGACUGCUGCUGUUUUACUUGGAAGAUUCUAUUAUGACCAGGGUGGUAAUAGUAAGUGGUUGGCUACUCUUGUCCAAACUGCAGCCUUCCCAGUCCUUUUCAUCCCGCUUUAUUUUCUUCCUUCAUCCAAAGAUCAAGCAACUUCUUCAAACCCACCUUCCAUUAAAGUUCUUGCCUUGGUUUACUUCUCUAUUGGAGUGCUCUUAGCUGGUGACAACAUGAUGUACUCUGUCGGACUCUUGUACCUAUCUGCCUCUACUUACUCCCUCAUAUGCGCAACUCAAUUAGCUUUUAAUGCUGUUUUCUCGUACUUCAUCAACUCUCAGAAGUUCACAAUGCUGAUUCUUAAUUCAGUGAUUAUCGUGUCAUUCUCAGCAGCUCUUAUUGCUGUUAAUGAUGAUUCCGGAGGACCAACUGGAGUAUCAAAGGGGAAAUAUAUCCUUGGCUUCAUCUGUACCAUUGGAGCUUCUGCAUUGUACUCUCUUUUGCUUUCCCUCAUGCAGCUUUCUUUCCAAAAGGUUUUAAAAAGGGAAACGUUUUCUGUGGUUUUGGAGAUGCAAAUCUAUACAGCUCUGGUUGCUAGUUGUGCUGCAACUGUAGGUCUUUUUGCAAGUGGGGAAUGGAGGAGUUUACAUGGGGAAAUGGUAAACUAUGGCAAGGGACGAGUUUCUUACGUGAUGACCUUAGUUUGGACAGCUGUGGCUUGGCAAGUUUGUUCUGUUGGUGUCGUGGGCUUAAUUUUCGUGGUGUCUUCUCUCUUCUCCAAUGUAAUUAGUACUCUCUCUUUGGCUGUUACUCCUAUAGCCGCUGUGAUAAUCUUCCAUGACAAGAUGAACGGUGUCAAGGUAAUUGCUAUGCUUCUGGCUCUUUGGGGUUUCGCCUCUUAUGUUUAUCAGAACUAUCUUGAUGACUCUAAAGCAAGAAGAAGACAAGCUGAUGCUAGGGAACGACAAAAUGAUUCCUCUAUUUAAAGUUUUGUUCAUAUCAGUGACGUUUUUAGUAUUCGAUCAAUGCUAUUCUCACAUUUAAGCAUAUUGUUUAUAGUUCUUUUGUUGCUCAGUAAGAUUUAUGAUUCACGGUUGUCUAACUUGUACAAGUUGUCAAAUAGAUAAACUAUGACAGAAACUAUCAGGGGAUGUAGUUAGUCUUGUGUCAUAGGUAAUGUUGAUUUCGACCCUCUUAUAUUCUAUCACAUUUGAAUUGCA